GCAAACCGUUUACGGAUGUUGAGCACAACACAACACAAAAAAAACUUUUAAUUGAAACAGAUACUUAAGCAAAAUGAAGUGGCUAGUACUGAUCAGUGUUUUGGUGAUCCUGUCUCAGUGUUCGGCGAAAAGCGUGAAGAUCCAUCGGCGACACCAGCUUAAUCAUCAUUUGGGCUACGUUAAGCCCGAGACCCGGGUGAUUGGAGGAAUCGAUUCCCCCUCUGGAUUUGCUCCCUACCAGGUGUCCAUCAUGAGCACCUUUGGAGAGCAUGUGUGUGGUGGCAGCAUCAUCGCGCCACAGUGGAUACUCACCGCCGCCCAUUGCAUGGAGUGGCCCAUUCAGUACCUGAAGAUUGUCACCGGCACAUUGGACUACACGAAACCAGGAGCGGAGUAUCUGGUAGAUGGUUCGAAGGUCCAUUGCAGUCACGACAAACCGGCCUAUCACAAUGACAUAGCAUUGAUCCACACGGCUACGCCCAUUGUUUACGAUGCCCUGACUCAACCUAUUAAGCUGGCCAAAAAGGGAUCACUGCCGAAGGCGGGAGACAAGCUGACACUGACGGGUUGGGGCAGCACCAAGACCUGGGGAAGGUACUCCACCCAGCUGCAGAAGAUCGACCUGAACUACAUCGAGCACGACAACUGCCUGUCCCGAGUGCGAAACGCCAACUGGCUGAGCGAAGGACAUGUGUGCACCUUCACCCAGGAGGGCGAGGGAUCCUGCCAUGGCGAUUCCGGCGGACCCUUGGUGGAUGCCAACCAAACCCUCGUGGGCGUGGUCAACUGGGGUGAGGCAUGUGCCAUUGGCUAUCCCGAUGUCUUCGGCUCGGUGGCCUACUACCACGAUUGGAUCGAGCAGAUGAUGACUGACUCUGGAACCGCAUGCUGAACCGCAAAGGUCCAAAAGUCGCCCGAGGGGGUACAAAAGCCAAAAGCGAACAAAAAUAGCAGCUGCCAUAUAAUGGCUCCUGCAAAUUGAUCAAAUUAGACUGUAAAUUUUAUCACUUAGAUAUCAAAGAUAUCGUAAAAUAUUUAUGAACAAAUAAAUGAACAAUUGCGUA